AUGACAAAAAAACAGCCAUGUGGAAACUGUGGAACAUGCCAUGAUACAUCUCAGAGAACUCUUUGCCUCGCGUACGGCACAAAAUGUAAUGAGUGUGGUCRACAAAACCACUGGAGCAAAGUAUGCAGAUCUAAAGGCAACAAGGACCAAGCCCCCAAAGGAAGAGCAAAUAGACACAGAAGAAAUAGACCAAAGAAGCAAAUACAUUCUCUGGAUAAUGACGSAGAUGACAAAACAGAGGAUUCAGAAGUGCCAAAACUGUAUUUCAAUUCAUURUUUGUGGACAGUARGUCCCGACAGAACKCACAAGCCUUUGUUACCMUACACGUCAAUUCUACACAUGGAGCAUUGCCACUGAAAUGUAAGAUUGAUACUGGUGCAGRUGGAAACGUGAUUCCUGUCAGCGAUUACAAGCUAAUAUACCUUGAAACACUCAGCAGCACAGAUGGCAAGCCCCUCGGCUUGACCCCAUCGACAACAAAGAUUACGGCAUAUGUUGGACAUGAAGUACAACAGUAUGGUACCUGUAUUCUCAUGCUGACCCACAAUGGCCAAUCUACACCUCAGGAUUUCCAUUUUGUAAACACAACAGGUCCUACAAUCCUAGGSCUAACGACAUGCACCAACAUGAAGCUUGUUAYUCUUAACUAUAGCGUAAGUAAGGAGCCCCGCCAGUCAUCUGAGACACAGCAAGAAACAGGACCUGCUGGCGACCCAGCAGCAAAGGCAGAAAUACUUGAACAGCAUGCUGACUGCUUUAAAGGUAUCGGGUGUUUCAGCGGUGASUUCCAUAUCACACUGGACCCUGCAGUACCUCCUGUCAUACAUCCACCACGAAGAGUCCCUGAAGCAUACCAUGAGCCUCUGCGAGAGCAACUUGAAUCUCUCCUAAAACAGCAGAUAAUUGCAAAAGUCGAUGAACCUACAGACUGGGUCAACUCGCUGGUCUGCCAGUCUAAAGGGGACAGCUCCCUAAGACUAUGUCUUGAUGCCAAGUAUCUCAACCGAGCAAUCAAGCGCCCACACCAUCRUACUCCAACCCUUGAUGAAGUUCUCUCUAAGCUUAAUGGAUCAGAAUUCUUCUCCAUCGUGGAUGCUCGAAGUGGCCAUUGGAACAUUAAGCUAGAUCAUGAAAUCUCACUUUACACUACUUUCAAUUCACCCUUCGGGCGAUACAGAUUCCUCUGUCUUCCAUUUGGCCUCAUCUGUGCUGAAGACAUAAUAAUAAUAAUAAUAAUAAUUUAUUAA